CACUGAGAGGCGAGUCGGGUCGCGCUGCGGACAGUCGGGGACGCCGGCUCGCUAAAACGCGUAGCUCGCUCAAAACCACCGAGCGACCGACGACGGAGGAAGCAACACCAAAUCGAUUGCCGGACAGCGUUUUCGUUUCAACAAGUGACGACGACCUCAAGGACGGAGUGUGCGUUCUCCGAUGUUGUGAUUCGGUGCUGGAAGUAGGGAUUCCACGUGCAGCGCUGGUUCGUAUCGCCGGCUAAGUCGAAUCUUGUGCAUCGUAGUGGCAUCACUUUGCGGGAGGGUGAGAAACGCUUCAGUACACUUUUUUUUGCAUAUCUCGACGCAUUUGUCAGAGGAGGUAUCGGUAUCAACAAACCGGUAAUUAGCUCAUUCUCAAGAGCCAUCGGUGGUUAGGACAAGGCUUAAUUUUCUUUUUCUGAGUUAUAUAGAAAAAAAUUGCUAGCUCGCAACUUCGCUUCCAAACUGCGUGCGAAGAAGAUGCAUUGUUUGAACUUCCAUGCCGGCGUGUGUUGAGGACUUGUUUGUGGAUGAGUGAUUAUACAAUGUUCUGUCUGCUGAACGUUGUUAAAAUGUAUCCACUCCGGUGUUGAGGUUCGGCUAUGAAAACUUUUCCAUAUAUUGUCUACUUUUGCUGGUGAAGGAGCGUGCUAUGAAAACAAUUCUUGUCAGACAUCGCACAUAACGCGGCGAGAGGAGAAUAAUGUUUUUUCUAAAUAAGUGCUGAACACAUACAGGCGAAAUAGCGCUAUUUACAAAGAGCUGUCCGAGAAAGGUGCACUCGUUUAUUAUACCUAUUGCCGUACUUAAUAUUGCUGCGUGAGUCCAUGAAAACAUUUCGAGUUUAUCGCUAACCAUUUGCUUCUCUGUCUAUUUUCUGGUGAGGAAACCGCGUGGGUUCCAUUUUUUUCAGUCUGAUCCAGAAUCUUGACUUGUGCCACUGCCUGUCCUGAGAUGUAUUUUGUUCUUCAUUAGCUCUCGUUAAAGAUUUAUUGUUCGGGGUCGUUCGUGCAUCCAACUUUCCGUUUAUUCGUCGAGGUUGCAUUAUUAUCGACCGCAGGUUUCCUAUUGCAAGGAACGCGUUAACAGUAACAGAAAAGGGACAGCUGUUUUAGAGGACGCUAAGAUAUUUUACUACCGCGCAGGCUGAAUAGGGGUACCUGAUGAAUUAAGCAAGCGAAGGAGGAGCCGAAGUCCUUCGAAAUAAGCGUUAGGUAGCUGGCGGCUUCAAUGAGCAACUGGUAUUUGACACGUCUUACGUAGACUAUAACGCUGCGGUGCAGCUUUGUCAACAAGACGGAGAGCUUUCUGCUAUGAUACCGCGAACGGGAUAACAAAACUAUUGCUGGUGUAGCUAAUAAAGUGCGGUGACAUUGGAGGAGCUCUCGAAAUGCUGUACUAAGAAUCAUUGCUGGUCACUGGCGUUGAUAAUAUGCGAAAUCGUUUCAUACGCAGCUCGAAUGCGUUUCAUUUGCUAAAAGGACCGCGUCUGGCUUUUUGCUCGCUGACUGCUUAAUCGAACCACUAGUUUGGUGGCCAGCAUGCAUUUUCUCACUUAACGAUGACCAUAACUAGUGUAGUUUGCGCAGACUACCAAAACAUUUUUGCGCAGUAGAGCAAUAAAACUUACGAUUAUUCGCUUGCACGUGGUAAGCGCGUCAUUACAAAAUAUAUAGCUCGAUGAUACUUGUUUUCUUGAAGGUAAGGGACAGCCUUCUUUAUCCUUUGGUAUUGGGACCAUGUCGUAGAGCACCGUGUAACAUUACACCUUCCUCGACAGACGUUGAUUCAUUCCUUUCCUAAAUGCUUCAUUUGCUGGGGUCUUCGUGGAGUCAAUCUCUCACUAUAUAUACCACCGUUUAGGAGUGCACAACAACCUAAACUUUCCCGGACGUCACUAUAGUAGAAUAUUGCCUCAGUCGUCUAUACGAUACAGUGGUCAGUUGUUGCACGCUGCGCAGGAAAACCAGGGUAAUUCUGAUAAUAUGUACAUAAAUGCUCUUGAACAAUCCAGUUCAGUUUAGGGCCACCUAGACGCCUUCUAUUACAGACAGCCGAUAUUCCCAUAUUUUUCCUCCCUCCACGCCUACGCACACAUGUGAUAUCCAGCAUUAGCGCAGCAUCCACAUUUCUAGACAUCUUAGCAGUCCCACACUGUUAAACAAAGAUUACAGCUUUACUAUUUCUGCGUGUAGUGUACGAUUGGUAACAGAUUGCCGUAUUUCUACCAAUUUAGACAGGCUGACCUUUGAAGGCAUCAUACAUGACCUCCUCUAACGUUGCUCGACACGUCGCAGAGGAGCGUCUGCAUAUACCUACUUUGAUAUAGGCGUCCAAAUUAUCAGUUCUAAGCGUAUACGUAAAAUAUGUUUAAAUAUGAGGACGAUGGGAUACGUGCAGUAAAGCAACUCGUACUUCUGAUUAUCGACUGCUAAAUUUCAGUUAGUGAGGGUCCUGGCUGGAUUGAGCAGAAAUAUUCUUGGGAAAAAAGCUGUAAUAUUUGCCGCCUUGUCCAAAAAAUUAACAAAACAGGAGAAAGUUAGAACAAGUUGUAGACGUGCUGGCAAGAAACCAUAUUAUGCUGGAAGAACAUAAUUCCUAAAACAACUUUUCCCGAUAACCUUUUCUGUAAAAUUCCGUGAUGGGCACUGCGCCGCUGGUUAAAUAUCCGCGGUAACCUCUUAUGCGAAGAAUGUCACACUUAUACUACGGCCUCCCAUAUCUACCAGUUCAAUCACUGUUACCCGAAGGUUAAGGACGUAUUUUUCUGUAAACGCGCAAAACCUGUUAUCCCAGCCGCAUUAUAGUGCAUGUCUGUCGCUGCGGUACAGCGAGAAGAAAAAGAGCUUCGCAUGAACUUGAGCAAGAAUAACUGCUUAUUUCAUCAUAUUCAUUGCGACGCGUACAAGCCAAUAAUGUCGAACAUAAUCCAACUGGCAUUUGCGGCAUAAAAGAUGCGCCGGGUAGUAAUCUAGAUAUCUUUUCCGGAAUGUUCCGACGGGGUUAAGACAUUUUUCUACCUGCAAUCUGGUACUUUGCCACGAACAAGAGCUACACACUCGGGAUAGACGCAAGCGGGGUUGCCUGCUUUGCGACAAAAUAGUUUGUUGCCAUUCGCGUACUAAAAGUUUUACACUGCCGUGGUCGCGAAAAUGUCCAGUUCUUUCAAACUUCACUUCUGAAGAUUUUCUGUGUCCACGUAUGUGAGGAGUUCCACUUCCUUGGUCGCUAAUCUUACACGAUGUUGGUCCUAGAGUGUCCGUAAAAGCGUUCCUGCGGAACCCGUAGUGAAACCAGUCGUCGAACGCGCUUUCAUUCCACUGUUUUCUCUGCGUCUUUCGAAUGCACUGACUAUACUGAAAGGACAGUUAUUAUUGAACUACGCGGCACCUUACGUUAGGUGGCUGCCCUCUUGCUGGCUGUUUGUGAGUCAUCUGGCUGCCUAAAGAACUCCACUUGGUUCUACCUGGGACAUCCCACGUCGGCUGUUCGUCUUCAGCAAAGGACAUGAGGAUAUGAGCUUUCAAAACGACUGAUAACACCCGUGGCCUUUUGGAGCGGCUCAAGUAGCAUCGGUAGCAGCGGCACCUGUGGUGUCGUGCCCCGUCACCACCACGCUGAGUGCUCUGGCAUUGGCGGUGUGCCUAGGCGCGCUCAUCGUCGCAACGGCAGUUGGCAACGCGCUCGUGUGCCUCUCCGUCUGCCUCGUGCGCCGCCUACGGCACCCGUCCAACCACCUCCUCGUCUCCCUGGCCGCCUCGGACCUGUGCGUUGCCCUGUUGGUCAUGCCGCCGGCCCUGCACCUCGAGCUUACGGGUCAUCGCUGGGACCUGGGCCGAGCGGCCUGCGAUGCCUGGGUGUCGGUGGACGUAGCGUCCUGCACCGCGUCCAUCCUAAACUUGUGCAUGAUAUCCGUGGAUCGGUAUCUGGCAAUCACGCGGCCUUUGACCUACGGCGUGCGAAGGACGGCCCGUAGAGCGUGGGCCUGCAUCGGCGCUGUCUGGCUGCUGGCGGCGCUCAUCAGCGUGCCACCUCUGCUCGUGCUGGGAAACGAACAUGGAACACCUAUCAUGCCCACCUGCCUUGUGUGCCAACAUUUGGCUUACCAACUGUACGCGACACUGGGAGCGUUUUACAUACCUCUCGUGGUCAUGCUGUCCAUGUACUGGAGAAUUCACAGGGCUGCCAAGAGGGUCGUCGAGGCCGAACAUAGGGCGAGACCAGGACCUCGCACAAGGAGCCUAAGGGUUGCCGUAAGGGAGCGCAAGGCUUCCAUAACGUUAGGAAUAAUCCUGACGGCUUUCACGGUGUGCUGGUUGCCCUUCUUUGCUUUGGCACUGGUUAGGCCUCUCGGUGGGAAGCCCCUUCCAGAGCUGGCACACAGCCUCGCGCUUUGGCUUGGAUACACUAACUCAGCACUGAAUCCAGUCAUAUACGUCACAUUCCAUCAUGAUUUCCGUCGGGCGUUUCGUGACCUCUUGUGCUUGCGAUGCGGCAAGCGAGCCAAUGAUAACGGUGCAAUGGUUGGUGGAAGUGCGAACGGAGCAGGGCAGCUGCUCGGGCGAAGAAACAACAACCAUCGCUCGUGGGCCUGACCCUGGUGGACGUCGCCUGGAGACAUACGAGUCUCCAGAGUCGACGUUGUUCAUGACCAAAACGAGAUGGACAAGCAUAAUCAGCAGAAGAAGCAACAAAACCAAGCGAGCCACAUCAUAUGCGAUUCAAGCGCAUCGCCUAUAUCCACUAUGUUUCCUUGACCGUUGAUGUGGAAAAGGCUCCUGUGAAUGUUUCCGUUUCGGAAAGUGAACUGAAGGGUGCAGAACGGCGUAGCACUUGCACGAUGCUCUAACAUCAGCAGCCUGGUAGUCCAGUGUGUUCUUGUAUAAGGAAUCACUUGUAUUGUUUCGGGAGUGAAGCGGAAGGUUUUGUUGCACUGUUUAAGGCAAUAUCGCCUGUGCGAUCAGCCGACAAGAUAUCGCAAAAGUUCGGAAUGUUAUUGUCCAGCAGAGUGGCUUCUGCAAAGUGACGCUAUUGUGCUAUAUUUUCUACGCCCAGUCUCUUCACUUCCACUUCUGGGCGUCGAUGUAUCCCAUCUGAAGUGUUAGAACUGUGAACUUUAUUCUGCCUAAAAGUACUUUUCUGUGUUAUGAGUGUUUCGAUGAGGCAUGCCCUUCUGAGGAAGCAGAGUACCAAUCACCACGUUCAAGAAUAAGUGACGAUUUUCUGCAUUUAGUGGUUUUGCUGCUGCUGGAGUACUGUGUGCAUCUCGGGACUUUAUACGGAGGUUGAUGAGCAACUACGGAGACAACGCACAAAGUUACUUCAUGCAACCGCAAGAAAGGAUUGAGGUAUCGUGCUACCAACGAACAGGUGUGACUGGAAUUCUGAACGAGCAGUGAACUAAAUUGAACAAGCUAAAAAACACAUGUAGUCAGUGAGAUACAGGUAAUAACUGUGCUUUUGUUUUUACCCAUGAAUCCUGCUUGUUCGGGUCUCUUCGUCGUUGACCAAGACUUUGGGUGUUCACACUUGCCACUUGUAAUGUUGACUGAAUAUUGCGCAGAACAAUGCGCAUAGUAUGUUGUUUAGCAUGUUUCGGACAAGUAUUGUUAAGGCAACUUGUUGAAAAGUGCUCCAAGUUUAGCAGAUACGCGCGCUUGUGAUUCAACAAUCAAAUGACGAAUUGUUGUUUCAGUUGAAACUGUGAAACUUGAGAUUGUUUAAUUGCGCUUAACCUUUUGAAACAGCAAUACAGAAAUAAUUUCACAUAAACUCACCAGCUUUCUAUAUAAAUUACAUGAAUUAACCGACUCUCUAACUUCAACUGCUUCACCUCAGGGCCAUGUGUACGAAAACUUUGUCAGCACAUAACUUUUACAACAUUGUGUUGAUCGGUCCCCGUUGUUGAAAACCACUUGGCUUUGUGGUUUACUUGAUUCGUGCAGACAUUUAUGUGCCUAAAUUGAUUAAAAUCAUCCACUUUCCAGCCCCGUGUGGCUCCUCUGAUGUAAAGCCCCACACACGAGGGUGGUUGCAUGCUUAUUUCUCAUGUAACCUGUGCAAAAAACGGAAAGCUGCAGGGUCAGCAAGCACUGGCCUGGCAGGCCCGCACAUCCCCAACCCAAUAGGGGCUUGAUCUAAGCCCUCCACCUCUAACCUUACAACAAUAAAGUUCUCUAUGUCUGUCUCUCUACUGGCAAAGCAGGAAAGUAUGUGUACUAAUAUAUUGAACAAAGCUGAAGAAAAACGAUACCGUGUUGCAAAAAGUCAAUAAAAGAAAGCUGCAGUCACAGGACCUUUUUCUGUUACUUUUGUGAAAAGAAACAGUCAAAUCAUUUGAUAUUUCUCAGUAAAUGAAGUGCGUAUAUCGAAAUCCAGGAUACGAGCUUGGGAUAAUGUGAAUAUUCUAUUGGAAUUCUUCGUUUCGUGCGAGGUGCUGGGGUAGCUCAGUGGCUAUUGCUAGCUGCAUCAGCGAGGACGACGUCGCGGUUUCAGUACUCACGACGACGGCCAUGUUCCGGUGGGGACACAAUGCGAAAGCACUCGUGCACUUAAUUUAAGCCAAUGUUACAAAGCAAAAGGUGGUGAAAAUUAAAAGGAACCUUUGCAGAACGGCGUCUAUUAUAUACCGCGACACAUAUCCGAACUUCAGGCCACAUUCUUAAACGUUUAUUUCGAUUUCGCACUUCGUAAAUAUUUGGAGUAGCGUUCUGCCUAAGUUAUGAGCAGGAUCAUCUGUUAGGAGUGGGGGUGAUACGAUAGGAAGGAAAUUAAAUGGAAGCAUACGCCGUGAUACCAAGCCUACUUUCCUAAAGGAUUUCACCACCCUUCAUUUACUAUAUCAAAUAUUGAGAAAUACAUGUUCCUUAACAUUUUCUUGGCCUUUUCCCGAAUGGUAUUGGCCUAUUCAUUUAUCAUCACUAGGUUAUGUUGUAGAGAAACAUUGUGACGCGGCUGCUCAGCUAGUUAUGCCGUUUGCCGGAUGCUGGAGCUGCUAUCCGACCUUUUGUAAUUAAGGUACAGCGAACUGUCUACACACCGGCAAAGAGCACAGACCAGUAUUGUGAGUCACUGAUGUGUACAAGGCAUCACCAUGGCACUGAAUGCUUUAAGUUUUGAUGUGUAAAAUUCGAAUGAGGCAGGACAUUUAACAAGCUUUAUGAGAUCCACAGCUUGCGAAAUUAUCCGGCACAGUUAAUUAUUUUCUUUUGCAGGAGCUCACAAAGUCAUGCAUGGUGGAAUCUACGCGGCGCUUAACAAGAAAGUACUGGUGAUAUCGAGUGCUCUACUUAGCAGCGUAUUGGAUAGGAAAAAGCAACACCUCAGUGAGCAUGCCAUUAACAACAAUUUUCUGAAUGUGACAUAAUUUUGCAACUAAAAAUGUGUUAUGCCAGAAUAUUUCUAUUUUACUUGAGAAAUCCAAGAGAAUAAAGUACCACAAUAUCCAAUAAGAAAUGGUGUGUAUUUGUCAUAUCUAUAGCUUGAAUUGAAAAUACGAAACAUUCAUGAAUAUUUAAUAUAUUACUGUUUGCCACAAACAGGAGAAAUACUUGGAAAAAUGAGAAGCCAACUUACGUGAACUGCUUAUAUAAAGUCCCUUCAGCAAAAUGAACCCCUUCUUGUUUUUUCAAACGCCGAAGCAAAACAAAUUGCGGUCAUUCAUUAAAAACUCUAAUGGUAUAUAAAGAGAAAAAAGUACGGUGCCUAAUAGAAGUUCUAACGCUAGAUAAGAAUACGAAUACAAAUUGACAACGUCAUUUACCACGUUGUGAAGAAUAUUUAGAUUGUUCUCAGCCAAGAAAAAGAUUGAAUAGCGUUAUAGAAAAAGCCAUGCAAUAAAAGGGCUAUUCCCUGGGUCAGACUUCUUGGCAUAGUUAACUGAGCUAUGCAGAUGUAAAACAGUGACAAAAACAUUUUUUCUAAUAUAGCUAAGUGGCCAGAUAAGACCUAUAAAACGAAAAAUA